GAGUUUAGGCGGAGAGACAGUCCAGGUGAGUGGCCAGUUAGUGGUCAACUUACGUCUGAAGUCUGACUAAGAUUGUCUGGUGUUGUCCGGUAAACUUGUCUUCAUAAUAAUGAUGAACAAGGCAGUCAGUUUAUUGGUGUUGAUUAUGGCCGUAAUGGCUGCCUGGACCAAUGCGCACAUAUGGAAACAAACACUGGCAGAGGCAAACCUAGAACCACAAAAUGGAGAUAAAAUGAUCAAUGCCUCAAGCGGGAACACCACAGCCGGGAAGACAAAGAUGACUGAUGUUGCUAACACUACUUCUAACACUACUAAACAUGGUGGAAAUGAAACAAAGGUGGCUGAUCUUCCACGUACUCUUCCCUUUCCUCCAAUCCCUUUUUUAAGGCGUAAUGUGGCCUUCAGUGUGAGAAAAGCUUACAACCUUCAGGCAGUGUCACGCCUCAGGUUCCAGGAAGUAGUGAGCAACAUCGGAGGCGGCUGGAACCACGCUGCUGAUGAAUUUGUUGCUCAGUACAACGGUGGUUAUUACUUCAGCUUCCACGCAGUUGGUGCCAGGAACAGGGACUUCACACUGGCUCUCAUGAAGAAUGGCAUAUAUCAAGUUACUGCUUAUGGUACCGAGAGAAGCUUUGAGCAUGGGUCAAAUUCAGUCUUUCUGGACUUGCAUAAUGAAGACAGGAUCUUUCUAGAACUUCAGCAAGGCAGCAUUUACGAGCAUCCUGGUGACGAGGCUUACACCACUUUAACUGGAUUUCUUCUCUUUGAAUACUAAGCCUUUUCUAGUGUCCAAAUUUGUAAUUGAGUUUAACCAGUUGCAAUAAAUUUUAACGGUUA